UUGUAUGAGCUUCAAAAAUAUGCAUUCGUGACAGAGCGCAGCGCCCACUGAGUUUGCAUCUGGUCCUGCAGGAUGAGACCUUCUAGGUCUUCCGCGCCGCGGCGCACCAAAUCGUCAAGCAAAUACUGUGAUGUAACCGCAAAUCAUCAUAUGGGAAUGCAAAGAUAGCACGGGGCACAGGGGCAGCGAGACGAGGCAAACACGGGUGCUUCCCGACUUGGGCGUUGCAAAGGCCACAAUACAAUGAAGCUUUGGUCGUUGUUGCUCAUACCUUUGGUGGCGCUCAUUGGUUACUUUGCAUCAGAGCUCACGAGGGUCGAUCUGCUGCUUGUGGGAACUGUGACCAUAGACGUCGUUGAUGACGGCAGCCGCCCUGCGGGAGGAGCUGUCUCGUAUGCAGCCUCCAUAGUUCGUGCGUACGGCAUUCGCGCUUGCGUAGUGACAGUGGCGGGCGAGGAUGCGGACCUGACGGUCUUCAACGGCCACGAGCUGCAUGUGGUGCCGGCGCCCUCCACACUCACCUUCGAGCACACCUACACCUGGUUCGGCCACCAGCGGAAGCUGCGCGUGACCGCCAACCCCAACGUGACGCUGUCGCGCGCACACGUGCCGCGCCACUGCCAGCGCGCGCGCACCGUCAUCCUGGGCCCCCUUACACAGCACGAGCUGGACGCGGGCUCAUUCCUGGAGUACGAUGGUGUGUGGGAUGCGCUGGUCCGGGGCCGGCAGUACAUCGGCCUUAUGGCGCAGGGCUUCCAGCGCCGCCUGGGACCCGACGGCCGCGUGCUACCGCUGCUGACGCCCUCGCCGCAACUGCUGGCGGGUCUGGGCCGCUCCCGGCGCGUGUCUCUGUUCCUGUCAGACGUGGAGACGGAGCCGUGGGCUGAGGACUGGCUGGGUCUGGUGGUGGGCAGCUCGGAGCGGGUGCUCAUCACGCGGGGCAGCGCGGGGGCCACAGAGUACAACGACACCGGCGUGCACGACAUACACAUCGUGCCGGUGGACAAGGUGCGCGACACCAACGGCGCCGGCGACACCUUCGCCACCGGCUACAUGCUGGCGCUGUCUCGAGGCCUGGCAGACCCAGGCGCGCACGCCUCCUGGGCCGCCAGCAGAGCCGUGAUGCAGCCGCAGUCCUGCAAGCCGCACUGCGCCGGCGACCUCAUAGAAGGCCACAUGCCGGCCUGGGGCGCGCGGGAGAAGCUGGUGGCGGCGGCGCGAGGGCUGGGGUCCAUGGCGCGUGGGGUGCUAGACCGCGGGCUGCGGGAGGGCCUGGCGGCGGCGCUGCAUCUGCGGGAGCUGCCGCCGGGGACGCUGACGCAGAUGGCUGCCAAGGCCGGCCGCGGGCCGCACGGGCCGCAGUAUGGCGCUGUCUGCAAGCAGAAGGCGGCGAGCGGGGCUGGGGGCGGCGGCAAGCUGGCGGCGGGGCCGGAGGAGGACGACGACGAUGAAGAAGAGCUGGCGAGCAUGACCGUGGCUACUGUGACCUUGUGAGGCGGCAGCAGCAGCCAGAGAUGGACGGGGCUUGCAGGCCACAUGGGGCCUUACGAUUGCUGAGGUUACGACCGCCGAGAUGUGGCGUUCUGGAUUGCUGUAAGGCGUCGCGUAGCCCCGGGGAAGGGGGUUUGGGUCUGCAGCUACGGGGGGGUCUUGGCGUGGGAGCGGCUGUCGGCGUUCGAGGGCGCGGAGGAGCGGCGGGCGCGCGAUUGUGUCACAUCAGGGUCUCGCAAACUUGGAUGCGGCGCCGAGUGCGGGGCUGUUGGGUGGCGUGGUGCGUCUUGCAGGAUGUACGAGGUUAUGGCACGUGACCAGACUCGAUUUUGUUUUGAUCUUGAGAGUCAAGCUUUGAGUGCGGCGUGGGUGUAGGCUGAGACUUGAGACUUGGUUUCGAAGACUGCACAGAGUAGACAGGAGACGAGUGUGAGGGCAAAAGACAGCGGUGAAAGGGACGGAUGUCAUGGUGUUGGCAUGUAGCGAUAGCAGGAGGCAGGAUAAGGCGACACUGGUAGGCGCUGAGACGUCAGACAUGGAAAUGGGCGCUGCACCGGCGGCCGUGGUGUGGAAAGGCAUGUAUUGCGUAAAGGCCGCGAGUCCCGCGACAGGCCCUGUGCCGUAUCGUUUGGGUCUGGUGGGCACUAGAUGGACUGCAGCUGAGGGCAGGCAGACCGUGCAGAUAUCAAGGUCAUUGCAAGCAUCCAACCGGUCACCGGACGGGGGGGAUGGGCCUACCGCCUAUCAGCCACUACAAAAUUGGCUACGGGUAACCCGGUCUGGCCCCGUCAUGGCUAUAGACUGGGGGCUGUGUGGUAGGGAAUCUGGAAUGCUGGUCAAGGACUCAGCGACUCUCGCGUUACCCCAAGGUCCGAA